GUUUAUAUGUUAUUCAGCUUAAAGAUCAGCUCCAAUUGUUUACUUGAACUCUAAUAACCAUAUGAGGUGCAGUGACUCCUUCCUUUUUGUCCAAUGGUAAUUUUGGCCUGUUUCAAUUCAUGUUGACUCUGUCUUUUGGUUUUUUUUUUCUUUCCUUAUGUAUGCAACAUCCUAUGCCCUGCUGGGGCUCUAGCUGGAUUAGAAAUAAAUCUGUCUUAAUUUCUAUGACACUCUAGAACUUGUACUGUAGGAAGACACAUAAUUUUUAGACUAAUAUCUAGCAUAUGUGAGCAAUAUAAUCAAACACUGCAUGACAAAUUGAAAAUAUUACAUUGUAUAACCACCCGAGAAGAAAAAGCGAUGACCGGGUUACUUAGCAAAGAUGACUUAUAUUUCCAAUGCAACUCCAUAUGCAUCUACAGGUUUGUCUCCGUAUCAUUCAAUGUUUGGAUAAAUCCAAAUUUACCAUUGGAUUUAUUUGUUUAAAGGGACUGCUUCAUGAUUUUUGAACAAAACAUUUUUUAUGUUCCCCAAACAAAGUUUGGGAACAUAUUAAUUGUUUUUACUCUGUUUCUUCUUCUUAUUAAGGUCUUCCGUCUCCUGCGGAAGACCUUACUAUUAUUGUUCGCGUUCUUCUUCUUCAUUAUUAUUAUUAUUUUCCUUGGUAGUACACGCGUUUUUCUCAGCCAUUUCUCCAUCGAUUUUCACGAAAUUUUCAGGAAAGAUGUCUUUUGGUGACGAGACUUUGCUUGCAAAAUUUCGUGCUUGACGUCACUUCCGGUCAGGAGUUAUCUCUCUUUUAGUGACUUUUUGAAGGGCCUUGUUGUCCACACAUCUCCUCCGUUAGUUUUGAAGCUAGAGUCUUGAAAUUUCUACACAAGAUAGAGUAAACAUUUUAGAAGAUUUGUGGUGGAUUCGAUUUUACCGGAGGCGAUUUGCCUAAACGCUCGCCUGGACCUGAAAAAAUGGAUGCCAAAAAUUUUCGCCGAUUUCGGCGAUUUUUGACCUUUGAUCUCCAAUAUCUUUUUUCUUGCAAAUAUUUUGUUAAGACAUGUAGAACAAAAGUUGUGCACAUUUACGAGAUCUUUUCGAAAAUAUCAAGAUUUAGGGGCUAGCCCCUUAAAUUAGGGAUCUAGAAGGGCUCAAAGUCUAGAUCAAAUAUCUCAAAAAUCGUUAAUAUUUUGGUAUAAGUCAAAGAACAAAAAAUGUUCAUCUCAACAAUCCAAAUCUAUUCAUAUAAAAAUUUAGGUCAUAUGUUACGUAAUAAGGGAUUUUAAGGGCCAAAACCAUAAAUUUUUUACCCCUUGUAUCUCGAAAACGACAAAUAUUUUGAAAAGCAAUAAAGAACAAAAGUUGUUCAGAAUGAUGAUCUGAACAAUAUGCAUAUUUCGUUUUUACCCUAUGUGGCCCCGUUAGGGAGCUACAGUUUGGCCCCUAAAAAUUACUUCUAGAAAUAACUCGAGAACGGUAAAGAAUUUCUAAAUACUUGUUGAACAAAAAAUGUUUGAAAUGUCAUGACCUUUCUUACGAUAUCAAGCAAAAGGGGCUGACCCUUUAAAUUAGGGGCCCAGAAGGGUCCAAAGGUUUAUGAGAAUAUCUCAGAAACUAUUAAUAUUUUGUAAUAAGUCAUUGAAGCGGAAAUGUUCAUCUAAACGAGCUUGUUCUUAUCAAAUCAAAAAGUAGGUCAUAUGUUACGUAAUAAGGGAUUUUAAGGGCCAAAAUCAUAAAUAAUUGACGCCUCAUAUCUUGAAAACGACAAAUAUUUUGAAAAGCAUUAUUGAACAAAAGUUGUUCAGAAUGAUAAUCUAAACAAUAUGUACAUUUCGUUUUUUCCCUAUGUGGCCCCGUUAGGGAGCUACAGUUUGGCCCCUAAAUAUUUCUUGUAGAGAUAACUCGAGAACGGUAAAGAAUUUCUAAAUACUUGUUGAGCAAAAAAUGUUUAAAAUGACAAGGCCUUUCUUACGAUAUCAAGCAAAACGGGCUGGCCCUUUAAAUUAGGGGUUCAGAAGGGUCCAAAUGUUUUUGAGAAUAUCUCAGAAACUAUUAAUAUUUUAUAAUAAGUUGUAGAAGCGGAAAUGUUCAUCUCAACGAGCUUGAUCUUAUCAAAUCAAAAAGUAGGUCAUAUGUUACGUAAUUAGAGAUUUUAAGGGCCAAAAUCGUAAAUAUUUGACGCCUCAUAUCUUUAAAACGACAUAUUUUUUGAAAAGCAUUAUUGAACAAAAGUUGUUCAAUGUGUCAUAACCUAUCGAUCAAUAUCAAAAAAUGGGUCUGUGGGCCUCAUGGCUCGCCUGUAGAGUCGAUUUUUGUCGAUAUCAGUCGAUUUCAAAAACUUGUAACUGGUAAAUAUUUUGUAAGGACAUAUUGAACAAAAGUUGUUCAGUUUAUCGAGAUCUAUCGAUUGAUAUCAAGAAAUAGGCCUAUGGUCCUAAUGGCUCGCCUGUAGAGUCGAUUUUUUGUCGAUAUCGGUCGAUCUCAAUAACUUUUUACAGGUAAAUAUUUUGUAAAGACAUAUAGAACUAAAGUUGUUGAGUCUAUAGAGGGCUAACAAAUGACAUCAAGAAAUAGGCCCGCGGGCCUUAUGGCUCGCCUGGAGAGUCGAAUUUCAAACGAAUUUCACUGCAACUUUGCUUCAGAAGCUUAUGAUAUGAAAAAUUGAUUAUAUCUAAAGUGUCUUAAAGUCGGAAACUAAAUUGGGACUCAUUUGUCUUUUUUUUUUUUUUUAACUCCGAGUGCAUCAACAAAUCGGACGGAAGACCUACUCGUUGCUCGCAACGAGAUCAUGUCUAGUUAUUAUUAUUAUUAUUAUUUUUUUCCCUUUCGUCUCCUAAACCGUUGGAUGGAUUUUCCUGAAACUUUCACAGGUUAUAGACAACGAUGGUACCUCGAGGCAUUUUUUUCAUUUUUUCAAAAUUCACUUCCGUUCGUCAGAUACGUCCGAUUUUCCGGUUUUUGAAAGAAACUUUGUCCGGGGGUAAACUUGAAAACCACAAAAGAUAAUCGAAUGAAACUUUCAGGGAUGACAGAUCUAUCUUCUCUAUGGUGCAUGCACGUAAUAUUUUUUGUCGCCGUCACUUCCGGUCGUCACCGGAAGUGAUUAAAUAAAUCAUCAAUUUCAAACUUUUUUCUUUCAAAUUGAAACCUAUAUCGUUUUACUAGGUCUAGUUCUAAUUCUCAAAAAAUGUUGACCCACCGGAAGUUGAAUCUCCAACUUCCGGUUAUAUCAAAGAAAGACUAUUCAUUCUCUCAUUUUUCAGUGCCAUAAAUCUCGGUCAUAAAACAAGUUAAUGAUUUGAAUUUUACAUAUGUUAUAGACACUAUACAUGUCUAAAGUAUACUUAAAUAUUUUUGUAAAAUUCACUUCCGGUCGUGAGAUAUGGGGUGGAUAUAUUGAAGCCUUGUUUUUUCAGUUUCUCAAUAAUGAAUUUAGAUAGACGCUUGAAACUUGUCGAGUUGAUUAACUAACAUUAGUCCAUUGUACACAUACAUUCAAUUUUUUCGUCCGUCACUUCCGGUCUAUACCGGAAGUGUUUUUAAAAAUGUCGAUUUUCCGAUUUCUUCGAGUGAUUUCUCAGAGAUGGCUGGAUAUAUUUUCUUGAAAUUUUCAGGAAUAAUGUCUUAUGAAAUGACCUUGCUAUAAUUAUUUUUGUUUUUACAAAAUUCACUUCCGGUCGAAAAAUAUGGCCGAUAUUCUGUCUCUCAAAAGGAAUUUUGUCCAGCAUUUUUCUUGGAAAAGGUAAAAUAUAGGUUCAUCAAAUAUUCAGGGAUAAUCAAUCUCCGUUUAUAUGCGUGCAGUAGGGGGUUGAACCGUCACUUCCUGUCGUCACCGGAAGUGAUUGAAGGAAUCGCAAAUUUCAAACUUUUUCUUUCAAAUUGAAACCUAUACUAGUUUAUUAACUCUCUUUCAAAGUGUCAAAAGAAUAUUGAGUCUGUCGGUAGUCAAAACAACUACUUCCGGUUUCUUCAUAAAAUACCUUUUUUCUUUUUGUCUCUUUCUCCCCAUAAAUCUCGCUUAUAUUUGAAGUCUUUCAUAUGAUUUUCACAUGUCUUAAUAAAAAGUAUCAACUUCUAGAGUUUUGAUGAUUUUGUUUUUCAAAAUUGACUUCCGGUCGGUAGUAACCUACUACUUUUUCUUUCUUUAGUCUACUUCUUUUUGUUGAGAACUCUUUCAGAUAGAGACGUGAAAUUUUCAGGGAAUAUAGACAGUAAAGAGUCGCUGUCAUUUAUAGGAAAACACAUCUGAAUAGUACUUCCGGUCGUCACCGGAAGUUACAAGAAAUGAGUAAAAAAUUCGAUAAUACACUUCUCAUUUAUUGUUAAAGUACAUUCUCUGAUAUAUUUGAAUGGUUUUUGUAGGAUCAGAAAACUCUUUACCGGAAGUGAACAAACGGAAGACCUACUCAUUACUAGUAAUGAGUUUCUAGUUAUUAUUAUUAUUAUUCUUUUUCUCCGGUACUUUUUUUGUCCGGUAGUGUUCUCAGAAACUAUAAAGGGAUCGAUAUGAAACUUUCCAUGAUGAUAGUAUAGCGUUUGUAGAUGUGCAUAGUGAUAGUCAUUUUGUCUGCACGUGCAUGCACGCGCGCGCACGUGCACUGCAAUUUUGGUACAAAAAAUGGAAAAUCAGAAUAUUAAAGGGAUCGAUAUGAAACCUAAAUAGGAUGAUAGUAUAUCAUUUGUAGAUAUGAAAAAUAAUAGUUAUUUUGUCUGCACGCGCACGCAUGCACGUUCACGUGCAUUACAAAAUUUGUACACUAACUUUGGAAUCAGUCUAACUUUUUUGUUGUUCAUUGAAAUGACUUGAUAUUCAUAUCAUAGGUAGAUAUUGAGACCCUUAACUGAUUUGCAUGGUCAAAAUUACCAAUUUGCACGCGCAUGCAUGUGCGCUUCAUUUUGAUUGGAUAAUACUAAAACGUUUGUAACUAUCUUAUUUAUGAAGCGAAUGAGAUGAUAUUCACAGCAUACGUAGACAAUAUGUGUAUCUAUAUAUUGGUGUAACAAAAAAUACCAACACACACGUGCAUGCGCGUGCAACGUUUUUCAAAUGUUCAAUUUUUAAAGGACAAUAACGUUUUUGUUUUUCAUCAAAUUCUAUUGAUAUUAGGGGUUUAGAUGUGUCUUCGUACUCCUUACAAAUUGCUGUGGUUAAAAUUACUGCUCAGCACGUGCAUGCACGUGUGCUGAUUUCUGAUUGGACGAUUUUAAAAUCGCUAUAACUUCCUUAUAUUUGGUGGAAACGUUAUGAAAUUCAUACUGUGGGUAUAUGAUACAAAUGCCUGUUGAACGACAUCAACAAAAAUUCGGAAUCAUACACGCGUGCGAGUGUAUGCACGUGCAACGCUUUCUUUCAUUUCUUGGUACUGAAAUGACCAUAUUGAACGUACUACAUGUAAUCAAAGGCUAAAACAAAAUGAUUUUUUCUUAUAGAUUCACAAGGACAUCACUUUUUAAUUGGGGGAGGUUUGGGGAACAUCUGUAACGGUUCCCGUUACAAUUAGAACUAGUUUAUUUUUUAUGUUAAAUAUUAAAAGUAUAACUUAUUUAAUAUUGACAACCAAAAUGUUGACCUGAUGAAUGCAAGAAUAAAAGCUAUAUUCUAGACUUAAAUCUGUGUUAUGUAAACAAAGACUCGAGUCUUUUUAUGUAUACAUACAAACAAACAAGUGAAAUAUCAAUUUUGUAAUAUAUAGCAUCUUAAUUCUGCAUAGUCACAAAUUUUAACUUUUAGAUGACACAUUUUAUACGAAGAAUGCUUGAAAUGUGAAAGAUAUAAUAAACUUGGAUCGAUAUCCAUUUUUUUUUUAAAUUUCGUAAACAAUAAUAUACUGCAAUCUUUGUUUACAAACAAAUAAUGAACUCUCUAAAAUGAGCUUCUGUAAUAAUGUAUAACCUUAAUUUUUAUUUGAAAUCUUUUAACGUUAGACAGUAGAUUUUGAUCAUUAAAAGUGAAAAAUAAAAUUUUGGGUAAAAUCAUGAAUCAGUCCCUUUAAAUUCAGAGGAAAAUCAAGAUGUCAAUAGCUGGAUUCCAGAGCGCAAGAAGAAAAUGCAGGAGAUGAUGAAACUAUAGCUUCAGACAUCAUAGAAAAAAUGCAGAAAUCAGAAGAGAUCGCUGUAAUUCUGGUGCUAAAGAGAAACCAAUUCCUGUUGGAUCCAUCGUGUUACCAAGGAAUCAUGUUAUGGGCAGAAACAAAAUUCAAGAUCAUUGGAAUUCUACACCUUGAAAAAUGUGACAAUAAUGUGUAUUCUGUACAGUUAUUAGAUGUUUCUGGAGAAAAGGGGACAGUAACAAGAACAAAAUUAUUGAAUACUGGUGAACUUUGUGAUUCGGAAUACAAAGACAAUGCUGUGGACAUCAUUGAAAAAAAACCAAGGGAAGUGGAUGGUCGACUCAUUAUCCUCAAUGUCUGGAUAGAUUGACUGCACAUAUAGAUUGAUUGAUUGAUUGCAUAUUUUAAGGGGAGACAUAUUUGAUUUUGUACUUUCUGUCCAUCUGUUCGUCUGUGUUACUAAAUCUUGUGAACGCUUCUCCUCCUAUAUGGCUUAUAUCGGAUAGACUUGCAACUUCGUACAAUGCUUCAUUGCCAUUUAGAUGUACAUAUUGUCAGGACAGGAGGAUCCAAAUAUUUCCCUAAAAGUUAUAGUGGAUCUAAGAGGAUGGAGGAUGUAAAAUAACUUGUGAACACUUCUCUUCCUAAAGGGCUUAUCAGAUAGAUUUGAAACUAAUGUGCAAUGCUUGCCAUUUGUAGAUGUGCAUAUUGCAGGGACAGGAGGAUUCAUUUUCAAUAGUUGUCUUUAAAGGUAUAGUGGAUCUGAGUGGUGGAGGGUGUAAAAUAGUUUGUGAAAACUUCUCCUAUGUGGCUUAUUGGAGUUCAUAAUGUCUACAUUCCAGCUCAUGCUUUCUCCUCCAUACCAUGCAGUACAUUAAAGGGGAGGGGGUUUCAUUUGGAGCAUUUCCAAUUUUGGGAGCUGGGGAGACAUUUGUUUUUCAUAAAAACAAUUUCUAGUGUUUAAUGUCCCACUCGAGAAUUUUUCAUUCAUAUCGAGACAUCACCGUUACCAGUGAAGGGCUGCAUAAUUUAGGCAUAUAUACUUGCCGGCAUUUAUGACCAUUAAGCAGGGAGGGUUCUUUAUCAUGCCACACCUGCUGUGACACAGGACCUCGGUUUUUGUUAUCUCAUCUGAAGAACCACCUCAUUUAGUUGCCUCGUAGUUGCCUCGUAUGACAAGCAAAUGGGUACUGAGGAUCUAUAAUUUUAAUGUAAAAACAACAAAAUAUUUUUUGAAUUGCAUUUAUUUAUCGGGAAACGUCAAUAACUAAAACACAUGUCAUUUUCAAUAUGUUCAUCAAGUUUUAGAAUAAUAUGUGGAAAAUUAUUGAAUUAGCGUUAUUCCCCAAAAUGUUAAAAAACAAACAAAUGUGGAUGCAUUUUCCUUAUAGCAUGGUUUACAUAUCAUUUUUUCUGUUUAUAUUAGUAGAGUUACAUUUGUUAUAGUUAUUCAUGGGAAAAAAUCCAUACCUUUCCUUAAUAAUUUCAAAUCUAUAGCUUCCAGAUUAUGUAUACCCCCAUCAAAAACUGAAGUCUGGCACCAUACAGCUGAGCUAUUUAAAUCACUCGGGAUUAAAAUUGUAUGUAAUUUCAAGAAAAGACACAGAUAAUGAUUCCUUAUCACCUUGGUAAAAUGUUUGUCAAAAAUGAAGGAAAUAUAUCGCAUUAUGGACUUGAUAAAUAAUUGAAUGAAAACAGAGUUAUUGUCCUUGGAUUCAAUAUUUUGAAACAUAUCAUUGACUAUUCAAAUAUAACUAAGAAAUUUUGAAAUAUUUUAUGGCUAACAAGAUUUUUUACAAUAACUAUCGAAAAAGAUUCCAACAAAAUUUAUGUUCCUAUCAUUAAAUUAUUGACUUUGCAAAAUCCUAUGACGUCACACGAGUGUGGAACUACGUUAAAGCAAUAUAUUACUGACGGUAUAUGAUAAAAAUAUUUAAAAGAUCAAAAUAACUAUUAGACAAUUUUGUAGAUAAAAAAUAAUUGAUUAUCAAAAUUUCAUUUUAAGUGGCAUGUUUUUGCAUAAUUAUUACUUUCUUAUACUUAUAAUACUUAAAGUAAUUUAUGACAAGAUGUUAAUAAAAUGUGUAGAUCACAUGCUCUCAAGCAAAAUUCCGUUUAUUUUGCUGAAUUUUUCAUCAGAUCUUGCAAUUGUGGAUUAUAUUAGUUAUACCAAUAGAUGCUAAUACUGCUGCGUACUUGAAUAGUUGAAAGUACCGUUAGUUAAUUACAGCUUGUAUUGCUUUUAACAAAUAAAAAUUAGAAACUGGAAAAAAUAAAACAUGCUGCUUAUAAACUAAAAUACCAAGCUAAUAUUAACUGGGAAUAUUAACAGUUAUUUUAGAAUCAUGGGAUUUUCUUCAUAAUUCUUUUUAAUACUUAUGCUGUUUCCAAUUUACAAUGAAUUUGAAAAUUUUUAUGAAGUCCAGACCUGCCCCAACCCCCGAUUCUGCCUAUGAGACAUAGAUUGAAGAUAGAUAUCUACAGGAAAUAAAAAUUGGCAUGAAAUUUAUAUCAUUAAUUAUAAAUAAGUAGGCAUUAAUAGUUUAUAAAUCUGGGGCCGGAAAGACUAGGGGACGGAUUGGUAUUGGGGCCGGAACGACCUGUUAUUGUUCGAAAUUAUAUGCUUAUUAUUAGGUGUUGGUGUUAAUUUGUUCUCUGUAUCCUUACGAGUGUUGUGCAUUAUAAUAUAUGUGUAAAGCAAAUCUUUUCUGUAUGUAAUACGUACUGAUCAGUGAUGCUAUGACACAUGUAGAUUGGUCUUUUGUAUACAAUGACUGAACAAAUUCGAGCUGCACAUUUGUGCCCAAUAGCCUAUAGUCCUAAAGAUGCAAAGAGUGAUGAUUGAUUGUAUAGUAAUAUUCAAACCCUAGUUAUAUGCCUCGCGCCGUUACGUCUGACAAUUUAACACAAGGUCUCCAUCUUUUUCGGGAUCAAAAAGUAGGUCACAGCUACAAUUCCUCUUUAUUUAUGUUUUUCUCCAUUUUAACGUCUAACAUACACAUACAAUGUUAACCGAAAAAUCCUUUCUUGUACCCCCUAAAGGCUCCCUUACCUCACCCCCUCCAUAGCACUGAUAUUGACCAUUCGAAUUAAUUAAAUGUUUCAUUGCCCUUACUAAAAAUCCAUGUCAAAUGAUUCAAAACUUCCGGUUUGGCGACCGCGAUGUAUUACACGCGCUCUCAUUGGGUAUUGAUAUUCUCAGGAAUUUCGAAAUAACACUGGUGUUCUUUCUUGAAAACCUGUAUCUGCUGAUUUUUUUUAUAUGAAAUGAUAAUAUGACCAUAUUUUGGUAGUUUUACAGUAAUUCAAAUAUUGAUAAUAUGAUCAUUUCAAAAUGAAAUAGUAUGAUUAGGGCCUAUGACAAAAGAAGACAUUCCCGAGAAUACCAAUACCCAAUGAGAGCGCGUGUAACACAUCGCGGUCGCCAAACCGGAAGUUUUGAAUCGUAUAGACACUUGAUUAUGGGCAAUGAAGCAUUUAAUUUGAGGGUCAAUGUCAAUGGGCUGAGGUGGAUUUUUCUGGGUAUUGUGAUAGCAGUUCCCAUUUGGCUGACGGUGGCCAAUUACAUAUUCCUUAAAUCAUUAAAAUAUAGUUCAACAUAUGAAAACAUGAACCAGUCAAGAAAUCUCGAUAGUGCCUCUAGGAAAUAUUUUCCAACAAAACAGAGAACAGUUCAUCAACAUAUUGCGUUUUUGAAAGUCCACAAGACCGGAAGUACAACCGCUCAAGGAAUUUUCCUACGUUAUGGAUUACACAAGAAUUUAACUUUUGUUGUUCCCAAUAAUAAAUCAUGGUAUCCAAACAUUAUCGCUUUAAACGAUUCCGUGAUACCCGGUUACAAUAUAAUUCCUCCCCCAGAAGGGAAAACCUAUGACAUCUUGUGUUUCCACGUCGUUUACAAUCGCUUAGCGUUUGAAGAUAUCAUGCCAAAUGAUACUAAGUACAUUGGGAUCGUUCGUGAACCAUUCCUGCAAUUUGAUUCCACCGUCCGAUAUUUCAAAUUUGGGAAAGAUCAUGGGGUAGCACAAUACAUUCGCCAUUUUCUGAAGAAUCCAAAAUCAUACAUGAAGAAAAUCGACCAGCGGCGUUCCAACUUUCUAAACAAUAGAAUGGCUUUUGAGUAUGGUUUUCCCUCCAGUCUGUUUCACUCUUUUGACAUGCUCGCCGUAAAGCAGUAUUUGGAGAAACUCGAUAGAGAAUUCCAUGUAGUCAUUGUGAGCGAGUAUAUGAAUGAGUCAGUCAUUCUAUUACGUCGAGUGUUGAAUUGGGAUUUGAAGGACAUCCUCUUUGUUAAUCUAAAUGUCAAUCCCAAUCGCCAUGACUUAAAUCAGGUCGGCCUGAAAGAAAUUCGUUUAUAUCGUCAGUAUGCCAAAUUGGACUAUGAAUUGUACAAUUUUUUCGUCAAACGUUUAUGGCAACAGAUCUAUUCUUAUGGAGAAGAUAUUCUAGAAGAAAUUUCGUAUUUCAAAUUAUUGAGAACUCUCUUACAAAAUUUCUGCAGUAGUGUAGAUAAAAGCUUACUGAAAGUAGAAGAAUCAUCAUGGAGUUCUUCGUUCAGUGUGACAAAAGACGACUGUAUAGAAAUGAAACAAAAAGAAAUGUGGUAUCUCAGGAAUGUAAUGAAACAUCAGUAUUCCAAUGGAACUCAAAAUUAGUCUCUCUCUUAUUACUCCGAUGUGUUACUUUUAGACAAUUUUUGGUGAUAAUGCCAAAAUGUUAAUCUCGAAAUUUUGCUGAAAUUGUGUUUAUCGCUGUUCAUAUGAUGAUAUCAUUACAAUAUAUUCAAGAAUGACAAUUUUAAAGCUCUAUAGAAAGAUAAAUCAUGUUCUUGAA